GGGACUGUAGGAAAGCUUCUCAGCAGUCUCUCCAUGCAAUUCGGCCACCAGUUGCGGGCUUCGCGGCCGCGAAAACGGUCGAGAGGAUAGUUUAGCGAGUUGGAAGAGACGAUUUACUUGGAAAAAAAAAGAAACGUCGUUCUUAAAAAUAAAUUCAAAUUUUAAUUACAUUUCGGUACUUGACAAUGCUGUCAGUUUAACGUCUAUUCAAGAUCCAAUUUGUGAUCGAUCUAUGUUGCACCGAAAUUGGACUCUGCGAGGAAGUUCUCGUCGAUGUGAACCGCGAAUAUUGGCCGGCUUUCUUCCUCACAAAUAAAAGGAAGCUGAGGACAGGCGAACGCAUUAAUAUGACGCCUUUGGACGGGAUUAUGUAUUUGGUAGCGACGAUCGUGAAAAUCUGCGCAUUUAAAAUUUAAUUGGAUCCGAGCACUGGCAAAUAUUUACACGCACGUAUUGGAUUCGCCUGUGAGCCGCUUCGAAAGAGACCAAUGUAGUGCUAGUACGGGACGAGCGUCGGUUAGCGCGAGAUCGAGUCCCGCUCAGUAAAUCCCGAAGAUCCGGAUCCGCGGGUAAGAAGAGAAAACACGCGCUUGACGAGCAUGUCGCGAAGAAGGUGAAGUGCACGAGGAGCAACGCCGAUGAUACUCGACUCGGAGGAAGAAGCCAAUUUGGAUCGAGGCCAAGCCUGAGGGAAUCUCGCCGCGGACAUGGAGGAAGAAGAGAGCCUCGGCGAGGGUACAGGCGACGAUGCUGGCGUUAAAGAACUUCAGGAACUUCGCGACAAAUAUGAGGGGAAGUUGACUGCGUCCCUCUACACGGGAACACUCUGUGUCGCCGCCGUCGCCUCGUUGAUUGCUCUGGGUGCUUUGUGCUCCACGGACUAUCGCGACCUGUCCUACAUGAUCGAUCUUGUACCUGUGUCAACGCUAACGACCAUGCUUAUCGCCUCUUUGACGCUUCUGGUGGUCACGCAAUUACCCUCGACUAUGAGCUCCAGCCGGUCCAGGAUUUUGAUAGGUCUAGCAUCCUCCAUCGUACUCGGUCUAGGAAUUCUAAUGUUAAAAGGCGUGCUGCCCCUAUUCGUGUGCGUCCUGUCGAUAAUCGCCAUUCUGCCUAAAAUGAGGUUUGAAGCGCCGCUCGUCAUCGGCUGUAUCCUGGUCUUCGUGCAUGUCUCCAGGAGAUUCGUUUUCGACGACCUACCGGGCUACUACGACGUGAUUCAGAAAUAUUUUUUUCAGCAGAUUGUUGUAGAGAUCGUGUUCCUAUUGGCUGCGAUCCUUGCCGGUCUCUACUACAGACUUCUGACAGCGUCGGCUCACCGCAAAACUUUCUCCGGGACGAAGACUGUGAUCGAGUCGCGGGUCAAGCUCGAGUGCGAGAGAGAACAGCAGGAACAAUUAUUGCUGAGCGUUAUUCCCGCCUACAUCGCCGCGGAGGUAAAGAGGAGCAUAAUGCUGAAGAUGGCGGAUGCUUGUCAGGAAGCUAAUAAGCACAAGCAAACCACGUUCCAAGAGAUGUAUGUGCAGCGGCAUAAUAACGUCAGCAUUCUCUACGCGGACAUCGUCAAUUUUACACCGUUAUCGGAGCAGCUGUCGGCUUCCGAUCUCGUGAAGACUCUCAACGAGCUCUUCGGCAGGUUCGAUCAAAUAGCACAGGACAAUCAGUGCAUGAGAAUCAAGAUCCUAGGUGAUUGUUAUUACUGUGUCUCUGGGCUCCCGGUCUCUCGUCCGAAUCACGCUUACAACUGCGUAAACAUGGGACUGCAAAUGAUCGACGCCAUCAGGUUCGUUCGCGAGGCCACCGGCUUCAAUGUCGACAUGAGGAUAGGAAUUCACACGGGUAACGUGCUGUGCGGUGUCCUCGGCCUGCGGAAAUGGCAAUUCGACGUGUGGAGCGACGACGUGACCCUGGCCAAUCACAUGGAAAGCGGCGGUCUACCGGGGAGAGUUCACAUAACGAAGGCUACUCUGCUGCAGCUGGGCGAUCGUUUCGAGGUGGAACCAGGCGAUGGGAGGUCUCGUGAAAGUUAUCUCGCUCAGCACAAAGUGGAGACCUUCCUUAUCGUGCCACCCACUAAGAGCAGAGAGGAAAAUGAAAUGGAGAACGGUGGAAAUCGCAUACACGGACCUGGACCGGUACCUUCCAGAUCGAGGCCCAGCAGCAAAAUGACCAAGUACGUGGAAUGUUGGGGAGCGGACAAGCCCUUCGCGAAUAUCGCGGAGGCAACGUUGGCGAAGAAUAUCGGUCUGACAAGCAUCGCGAUGAUCGAGUCGAAUCUAUUGGAAUCGAACAAUGCCAGCUGCUUCGACACGCAGCAUUGGUGCGGCGGUAAUGAAGGGAUAUCGCCGUUUACUUAUUGGUUCAAGGACAAGAAUCAAGAGCAACAGUAUCAAGAGCAGAGGGAUGAGCAGUACUCGUGGUACGUCAUCGCCUCGAACGUAGUUUACAUGUUGAUGUUCUGCAUCCAAAUUAUUUAUCUACCAAGAAGCAUCGUAGUUUACGGUUGCUUCGCAGCCGGCCUAGCAUCGCUGAUUAUAUUCGCCGCGAUAUCAUGGUUCAAUGGAAAAAUCGAUAGCAACGGUGCCGAAGAGUCAACAAAUCAAAUCGCACUUAGCCGCGGUAUCAGGAUAACGGUGUAUUUGAUAACCGCUUUGCUGGCUGUUGCAUCGUCGGUUAUUAGCCUGAUCGACGUUGAUCAAACUGUCGGAUACGACAUCGUACCACUAUACGUGUACUCGACGGUGAUAGCAUUAGUGGUCGGUUGGACGCAUUUGAGGGUCGGCUUCUUGCUUAAGCUGAGUGUAAUGUUCCUAUCCGUAGUCGUAAUACUUGUGGUCUUCUCCCAAGCACCGGUAAUUCGGCUUUAUUACGAGAAUCCUGGAGCCAAGUUUUAUGGGGUCUAUUAUCUGAUGCAAGUGGGAUAUCUGCUCGCGCUCGUCAGCGUAAUACUACACAUUUUAGACAGACAAGUGGAAUACUCGUCCAGGACAGAUAUCCUAUGGAAGAGUAAACUGAGGGUCGAGCAAGACGAGGUGGAGACCAUGAGGGGCAUCAAUAAGAUUCUCCUAGAGAAUAUACUUCCAGCUCAUGUGGCAGAUCACUUUUUAGCCACAAGAGACACGCAAGAACUCUAUCACGAGAGAUACAGCAGCAUCGCUGUGAUGUUCGCAUCGAUUCCUAACUACAAAGAGUUCUACGACGAGACGGACAUAAAUAAACAAGGGCUCGAAUGUCUGCGUCUGCUCAAUGAGAUUAUUUGCGACUUCGACAAACUCUUACUCAAGCCGAAGUUCUCUGGGAUUGAGAAGAUUAAGACGAUAGGCAGUACUUACAUGCUAGCGUCUGGCCUGAGUCCAGGAAAGGAGGAUGGUGACGGCAAGGAUCUGCUGAAACAGCAGGAUCAUAACGUAAUAGUACUCGUCGAAUUUGCCAUCGCGCUUAUGACGAUCCUGGAUCAAAUCAACAGAGAUUCCUUUCAGAGAUUCAAAUUAAGAAUGGGCCUAAAUCACGGGCCGGUGAUAGCCGGUGUCGUGGGCGCCCAAAAGCCUCAAUACGACAUCUGGGGAAAUACAGUGAACGUGGCUUCAAGGAUGGACAGUUGCGGCGAAAUGGGCAAACUUCAAGUCACUGAAGACACAGCCAAGAUCCUCAUCGACGCUGGAUACGAGCUUAUUUGCCGCGGCCCGACGUUUGUUAAGGGCAAAGGAACACUCACCACGUAUUUUGUGAAAACACCCUUCGAUGAUAAGGAGGACAACUAUUAAUAAUCACCCACAAACUAUUGGGACGAUAAAAGUGUGCUGUGCAAUCACGAGGAAUCUUUUCUCUAAGAACAUUGCGCUUAACAUAUUUGAGCAUGCAAAGAGAAUAUAUCCAGAAUAUAUACAGUACAAUGUCCCAAAUCUUUGAUAUGAGAGACAUCUUUGAGAUAUCUUAAAGGCAUCUAUGAGUAAGACGCCUUAGAGAUAUCUUUAAGACGUCUUACGUCCCGAUUUUGGAUAUUGUGCUGUCUGGGUAUUCUUGUCAGGACGAGGCGAUUCCAGAAACUUUAGCGACUUAUCUGUUAAUAUAAGAUGAUAAUGAGUGUAAGGUUUACUCGUUUAACUCCGUAAAAUAAGGUGUUUCACCUUCCCACGAAGGUAAGUAAGUCUUCGAAGAGAAGAAUCGCAUGAGAAGAGCGAUACUUCUCGAAAAGUUUAUUAUGAGAUUCGUAGCGCAAUCGCGACCUGUGUAUUCCGAAAUGCUGACCUCGUCUUCGCCGUUUUACACGUAAAAAAAAAUUAAUAAUCGACGAUUAUUAUGUCUUCUCGAUGUUUUUUUUUUCUGCGCUCGAUUCAACGUUGGACAGGGGAAACGAGGAAGUGCGCAGUAGCGAUUAUUGUGUUCUCCCAAAUAAUUUUAUAUAUUUUAGAGACGAACGCUGAUCUCACGCGCGUAUAUGUAAAGAUACUUCGGAUUCUCGGCUACUGCGGACGAAUCAUUUCGAACGUCAACCUCUUCCAAUUUUCGACUAGUAACCGGCGAACAUCGUUACACUGUACCUGCAAUUAGAGAUUAACAGUAGCUGUAUAUACGUACAUAACUGUACAUGUAUGAUUAAUUCGUUUCGGGAGCUGCGACAUGCGGGGGAACAGUUUGAUCUCCAUCGAGAAACAACGAGAUCUCCUCGAGCUAUACACCCCAAGCACAUACGAUCGAUGUACAACAUUGCUUUAUACAGCCGACAUUGAUUGCCUUCAUCCACGAUUCAAAAGUAUUGUGAACGUGAUUAUGUGAAUAAAGCGAUUAUGAAGUUCA